CAACAACUCAAAAGUGCCUUAGAACUUGUAAAGUGCGGAUCGUAAGCGAUCGUACGUGAAAAUAUAGAAUAAUAACACUUUAAUUUUAUAAAAACUGAAAGGACUUUCCUUAAGUAAAAAAAUUAAUAUUAGAAAAAAUUGUUUUUGUGCUACGUAAUUAGUGAUUAUCCUUAAAAAUGCGUCUCUUGUUGGAUAAGCAAAUUGAGCUCAUCGAUCCUUCGGAGCUCUUGCGCCCCGAACCAGCUUUUGCUGACAAAUGUCCAUCGAAAUUCCGUGAUUACAGCAUCAAUGAAGAAGAUCCUUUGAAGGAGCGUGUACGCAGAACAUAUCGUGAAAUGCAUCUUAAUCAAACAGUGGACUUUGUCAAAAGUCGGCAUGAGCGCUGGCUGAAAUUCAACACCUUCCAGGCGACCGUGCGCGAAGCACUCGAGAAGCUCAACGAUCUGGUUGACGAAUCUGACCCCGACAUUGAUCUGCCGAACAUCGUACACGCCUUCCAGGCGGCCGAGCGCGCACGCGAGGAAUACCCCGAGCUCGACUGGCUACAUCUGACCGCGCUCAUACACGAUCUCGGCAAAGUGAUGGCCUUCUACGAUGAGCCACAAUGGGCUGUAGUGGGUGACACCUUCCCAGUGGGCUGUGAAUGGGGCGAACACAUUGUCUACCGCGCCGAUAGCUUCGUAGGUAAUGUCGACGGCGAGAAUCCCAAAUACAACACGAAAUAUGGCAUUUAUGAGCCAAACUGUGGUGUUGACAACUUGUUAUUGUCCUGGGGACACGACGAAUACAUGUACCGUGUGUUGAAACACAACAAAACUAAAUUGCCACAUGUGGCAUGCAACAUUAUACGCUUCCACUCGUUCUAUCCAUGGCACAAUGGUGGCGACUACAAGCAUUUGGAGGCACCAGGCGAUGAGGAGACCAAGAAAUGGGUGCUGAUAUUCAACCGCUACGACCUGUACACCAAGAGCGAGAAGGUGCCCGACAUUGACGCUCUAUGGCCUUACUACCAAUCGUUGAUUGACAAAUACCUGCCCGGUGUCUUGGAGUUCUAAGUCAGCGACUUGAGCUACUCGAAUGCAAAUGGCGUUAAACUCCUAAGUGACAAUAACCGCAAAUUGAGCUGGAGCUCUAACUACAUAUUGUACUCACAUGCAUAUAUGUACAUACAUAUUUAACAUACUACUUAAUUAGACUAUUUUAUAAUUUUGCAAUAAUUAGUUUU